UUUUUUGCAAUUGCUGAAGCUCAAUCAUAUUGGCUUAUUUACGAAAUGUUUAUGCAUGGGAUUGAUUUUAUGAGCUAUGUACGUAACAUCAUGACAGGCAUCAUUUGGUAAAGUGCGGUUACUUCAAUCUGCUGAUCUGCAUGUACUUAUCUGUUAUUAAUCGCAAUAUUGGUCGCAUACCCUUCCUUUACAGUUUAGUGUUUUCUAUUAUUCGAAAAAAUUCGACAAUUUCAGCAAUGGAUCCUGCCGAACAAGCGAAGAAAGCUGCUGCGUGCAAAGCUGUUGAUGAUCAUAUAAAGAAAAAUUGUUCUGUUGGAAUUGGGAGUGGAUCAACUAUAAUUUAUGCUGUUGAACACUUAGCUUCUAAGAUAAAGAAAGAAAGUUUGGUGAUUUCAUGUGUUCCAACCUCUAUACAGGCUAAGCAACUUAUAAGACAGUAUAAAUUAUAUCUUAGUGAUUUGGAAGAAUGUCCAGAGUUGGAUUUUGUUUUUGAUGGAGCUGAUGAAGUAGACUCGAAUUUAACACUUAUCAAAGGUGGUGGUGGUUGUCUAACACAAGAGAAAAUAGUUGCUUCUUGUACUCAGAAUCUGAUUAUCUUAGCUGAUCAUAGGAAAGAUUCUAAAGUCCUAGGAGAAAAAUGGACCAAAGGAAUCCCAGUUGAAGUUAUACCAAUGGCUUAUGUUCCAAUUAAAAUACGUUUAGAAUCCAUGGGUGGUAUUGCUGAAUUGCGUAUGGCAAAGGCUAAAGCAGGCCCUGUUGUUACUGAUAAUGGGAAUUUCAUAUUAGACUGGAAAUUUAGUUCUCUAGAAAAGGCUGACUGGAAGUUAAUCGAUCAAAAGAUAACAUGUUUUCCUGGUGUUGUAGAUACUGGGCUUUUUGUUGGUAUGGCUUCUAAAGUUUACUUUGGACAUCCUGAUGGGACAGUUAUUAUAAAGAACAGAGAAGCAUAAGAAAAAUGAAAAUCUACAUGGAAGUCUCUCUUUUUUUAAAAAAAUUAUUUUUUACUCUGCUUUUUUAAAUAUUAUUUUGUGUUAACUAAACACAUUUGUGUAGAGCUUAAAUUCUUAAAUUUUAUUCAAAACUGAAGAUCUUUUGUGUAAAUAAAAGUAUAGAAAUAUUUUAAUAAAAAAUAUUUUAAAGAUG